AUGCUAAUUCUACUCUUAGCCCUUUUUCCAACAGUUUUCAGUCAAUGUUUUCUGGGAGAUGAUGCAUAUAUUGGUGGACUAUGUUAUACAACAUCCAACUACAAAACGACAUACCAGACCGCUCAACUAACAUGCCACUGGAAAUCUCAAAAUUUGGCUGUAAUACAGAAUAGUUUGCAGGCAAACUAUCUAGCAAGUCUUGUUCAUCGGCUCACUAAUGAGCAAGACGGAAAAUUCUGGAUUGGAUUGUCUCGCCAAUCGGUUGGCUCCAGAUAUCAGUGGGAUGACGGGACACCACUCACCUGGUCGAACUUUGAUUCAAAAUACACCCAAAACAAACUAAAUGUAGUGGAGAGUACAACAAAUGGAAAAUGGCAAACUGUAGAUGUGCAAGAAUCUCAUUAUUUCGUGUGCAGUUAUGAUCCAAGUAAAUACUCAACAACUCUGGAACCUCCUAGCACGUACUACCCGGAUAGCAGUACAGUACCACCAGUGUCGGAAAGCACCUAUUAUCCAUGGUCCACGGAUUACCCGGACGUCUCAACUAGCUAUCCUCCAUAUGGAUCAACUGAUUACCCUUGGGGAACCACAGACUACCCUUGGGGAACCACAGACUACCCUUGGGGAACCACAGACUACCCUUGGGGAACCACAGACUACCCUUGGGGAACCACAGAUUACCCGUCUUCUGACAGUACUGAUUACCCUUGGUGGUCUACCAACUAUCCGCCAUAUGGAUCCACUGACUACCCCGACUGGUCCACUACAUACUCUCCAUUUGGAACAACUGACUAUCCGAUGUCUUCCAGAUUUAACAAGGUGCCCAACUCCAAGUCAUUGAAAAAAUUGUUGAGAUUAUAA